UUAAAAGUUUUCAGCUGUUUCUUUUUAUACACAAAAUGUCAUUUUCAUAAAAUUAUUCCAGAAAUUUUAUCAUCCCAUUCAGAAUAUUAAAAGAGCAAAAUUAAGUGAAGUGAUUAUAUUCAAACAUUAAAUUUCAAGUGCAACAGUGAUCCUAAUUUUUCUAUGAAUAAUUAAAAUUAAAAUUAAAGUAAAAUUAAAAAUUCAAAAAUGGCUCCACAUCGAACAUGCCCUGGAUGUUCCAAACAAUUAUCAAAUGAUAAAAAACGAAAAGGAUUAUCAAAUGAUGCAGAAAUUACUUCCAAAAGUCAGGAAAAAAAAGGUGAAGUGAAAUCAGAUACAAAUGGAAAUUCAAAUCGAAAGGAAAAAAAUUUAGCAUCAGAAAAACAUGCAAAUAAAGCACGGCAUUCAGAAUCUAAUCAGUCAAUGGAAGAAUGUGACUCUCAUGACGAAGAUUCAGAUAAUUGUGAAUAUGAAGACAUCUCCGAAACUAGCAGUACGGCAUCAAAAAAUGAAUCACAAUCUGAUUCUAUGGGUAAAAUUGAACAAAAUAUACGAAUUGCAACUGACGUAGUGGAAAUUGUAGGAAGAAAACGAAAAUAUGAACCUUUAGAUUCUCGUAAAUCGUUGAGAAAUGAUCAAGUUCAAGACAAGAAAAAACCAAGACGUUCCAAAGGACGCAAAAGGAGGCGAAGCAGAAGUCGUAGGAGAAGUGAAAACAGUCGACAUUCCAACGGUGGAGAUUCUGAGGAAAUGGGAGAUGACGAAUCUGAAAACAAAAACAAUAAUAAGGAUAAUCAAAAAAAUAAACAGAAAAGAAGAAAAAUUGAUGAAGUUGAGAAGGAAACUUCAAGUCAUUCUAAUUCAGUUGCACCCAUUAAGGAACAAAAAGAAAAAUAUAAAGAGGAUCUCAUCACUGACUAUGAAUCUUCAGAUGAAGAAUAUAAUCCAAAUGACUGAAUUUCAUUUAAAAUAAUCUUCUAUUGAAAUUUUUUUGUAUUUGUCUAAAUUAAUUUUGAAGUCCAUUUUUUAGAAGAAAAAUAUCAUCUCAAAAGUCUAAAAGUAUUGAUUGUGAUUUUGAACAAUUUACUUUCUUACGAUCAAUUAAAGUGAAUUUAUUGUAGAUUUAUAUUGAUUGUACAAUGUCAAGUAAAGAAUAAAAGUAUUUUCAUGUGGAGCAUUA